UAUAAAUAAAACCUGACCGGAACUCAGAGAGCAUUCCAAAUUUCCAAUAUCCCUCGAUCCAAAAACCCAAACGAAAAAUCAAAAACAAAAACAAAACCAAAAUCAAUCGAAUUUAAUUAGGUUUAAUUUCAAUUUUAUCUGCAUAACCAACAAUGGGACACGGUGAUAAAGGAGGCAGACCCAGUAAAAAACCCAAAUUCUCCGCCAAGGAAAUUGCUCACGUGGAAGACGACGACCCAUAUUACGGCGGCGAAGAUGUCGACGAUGAUCCUCGCGACGGUGAAGGGAAAAAGAGGGAUUUUACCAAAUUAGAACUGAAACCUGACCACGCCAAUCGGCCUUUAUGGGCUUGCGCUGAUGGCCGGAUAUUCCUCGAAACCUUCUCUGCUUUGUACAAACAGGCUUAUGAUUUCCUAAUUGCCAUUGCGGAACCCGUUUGCAGGCCAGAGUCGAUGCACGAGUACAAUUUGACCCCACAUUCGUUGUACGCGGCUGUGUCAGUCGGUCUUGAGACAGAAACCAUCAUUUCUGUUUUGAAUAAACUGUCAAAGACCAAGCUCCCUAAAGAAAUGAUUGAAUUUAUACACGGUUCUACUGCCAAUUACGGCAAAGUGAAGCUCGUGCUUAAGAAGAAUAAGUAUUUUGUUGAAUCCCCAUUCCCAGAGGUAUUGAAGACAUUGCUUAAGGACGAAGUUAUAUCUAGAGCAAGGCUUAACUCUGAGGGUUCUCGUGGAGUUGAUGAUUUUACCAUUAGCAAAACAAUGGGUGAAAUUGGAGCUGGUCCCAGUGAUUUGCUAAAUGAAGCAGAACUGGCAGCUGCAGCUGAAGAAAAAGAAACUCAUGCAUUUGAAAUUGAUCCUUCACAGGUUGAAAAUGUUAAGGAACGUUGCUUGCCAAAUGCUUUGAACUAUCCCAUGUUGGAGGAGUAUGACUUCAGAAAUGAUACAGUUAACCCUGAUCUAGAUAUGGAACUAAAGCCUCAGGCUCAACCACGACCUUAUCAGGAGAAGAGCUUGAGUAAAAUGUUUGGGAACGGGAGAGCAAGAUCUGGCAUUAUUGUGCUACCCUGUGGUGCCGGAAAAUCUCUUGUUGGUGUUUCUGCAGCUUCCCGGAUAAGAAAGAGCUGCCUUUGUUUAGCAACAAAUGCUGUCUCUGUUGAUCAGUGGGCCUUUCAGUUCAAGUUGUGGUCAACCAUCCGCGAUGAUCAAAUUUGUCGUUUCACAUCUGAUAGUAAAGAAAGGUUCCGUGGAAAUGCUGGGGUGGUUGUAACAACAUAUAACAUGGUUGCCUUUGGUGGAAAGAGGUCAGAAGAAUCUGAAAAGAUUAUUGAAGAAAUAAGAAAUAGAGAAUGGGGAUUGCUUCUCAUGGACGAGGUGCACGUUGUUCCUGCUCAAAUGUUUCGGAAGGUCAUUAGCAUUACUAAGUCUCACUGCAAGCUUGGGCUUACUGCCACACUUGUGAGAGAGGAUGAGAGGAUCACAGAUUUGAACUUCCUUAUUGGUCCGAAAUUGUAUGAAGCAAACUGGUUGGAUUUGGUAAAAGGUGGAUUUAUUGCAAAUGUACAGUGCGCUGAAGUAUGGUGUCCAAUGACAAAAGAGUUCUUUGCAGAAUAUUUGAAGAAAGAGAACUCCAAGAAAAAGCAGGCACUUUAUGUGAUGAAUCCAAAUAAGUUUAGGGCAUGCGAGUUUCUUAUACGUUUCCAUGAACAGCAACGUGGAGAUAAAAUUAUUGUCUUUGCUGACAAUCUUUUUGCACUAGUGGAGUAUGCAAUGAAACUUCGGAAACCUAUGAUCUAUGGUGCCACCAGCCAUGUGGAGAGGACAAAAAUCCUAGAAGCUUUUAAAACAAGUCGUGACGUAAACACUAUAUUCCUGUCUAAGGUAGGUGAUAAUUCCAUAGACAUUCCGGAGGCAAAUGUGAUAAUUCAGAUUUCGUCGCAUGCUGGUUCAAGACGUCAAGAAGCGCAGCGUCUUGGUCGUAUUCUGAGGGCUAAGGGUAGACUUCAGGACCGGAUGGCAGGAGGUAAAGAGGAGUACAAUGCAUUCUUUUAUUCCCUCGUAUCGAUGGACACACAGGAAAUGUACUAUUCAACUAAGCGGCAGCAGUUUUUGAUUGAUCAAGGUUAUAGUUUCAAGAUUAUUACAAGCUUGCCCCCGCCUGAUUCAGGCCCAGAAUUGAACUACCACCAUCUUAAUGACCAACUGUCACUACUCUCCAAGGUGUUGAGUGCUGGUGAUGAUGCAGUUGGUUUGGAGCAACUAGAAGAAGACGCCGAUGACAUUGCCCUUCAUAAAGCUCGCCGUUUCAGUGGAUCCAUGAGUGCUAUGUCGGGUGCAAAUGGGAUGGUUUACAUGGAAUACAGCACUGGGAGAAACAAAUUUGGCAAAGGCCAGAUCAAGGGUAAGCCCAAGGAUCCAGCCAGGCGACAUCAUUUGUUUAAAAAACGCUUUACCUGAGAAGAGAGAGACUAGAGAAACAAAGAUAUGCAGAGAUCUGAGGUGAUGCUCCUCCGAUGUUUGGAUAGGAACAACCCCUGUUCCACAUCUUGUAAAUUUUCGGAAACUGGCGGCGAAGUGUGCUCUCGGUAGAAAUUGUGCUGUAAAAGAAAAUUCACCUGAUCUGUGGAGUGCCCUUGUACUCUAGCUUGAUAUGGAAGUUAUUAUGCGGAGGAAGAUCGAUAAACUUGGAACGCAAGUUGUUUGAAAGCGAGUACGAUACAUUAGAAAAACGGAUAUAAAAACAAAUUUACAUCUCCCCCA